AUGAUUACAAAUCCGUGUGAUCUACAAAACCCUCCGAACAUACCAAAAUGCAUUAUUUUAGACAAAGACAAAGUACAUUCCGUAGCCACACUUUACCUAUAUCCAGUUUCACUUCCAGUCAAAUCUGACAUGCCCAAGCUAUUUUUCAUCGUAUGCAGACCAUUUUUACUGUUUGUCUUGCUGCUACUUCCAUCAACUUCAUUUGUUCAGGUUAUACGACUACUUCAUCCAUACUACCGUCACCGUCCCGAUCAGUGGGGUUGGCAAAAUUCAAUACGUCAUAACCUUUCUCUUCACGAUUGUUUUGUCAAGUUGCCGCUCAAACAAACGUCUGCUAGCGGUGUUGUAGGGCAUUUCUGGACGGUAGUGCCGGAACUUAGCGAUAAACAAACACUUCGCAGACGCAACCGAGCUCCGAAUCGUGGCGGAAAUCGGCAAAAAACAAGCGAAGCUGCUGUUCGAGAAACACCGACAACGCGAGAAGAUACCGCAUGUUCGGGAAGUGGCGAAACAUCUCCGAGCCCAUCACAGUCAUCCAUCAGUCCGCCGUCUGAUCUACCAAAACCUACGGCUAGUUACGGUGGAAUGGAGAACAUUCUAGGCGACGGUUAUAAAGCCUACGGACAAUCCCUCUUAAGCGCGUAUCUCUACCAACACGGUGAGUGGCAAACACUGUUUUGCUAUAUCUGCAGCUAUCUUCUCGCCAAAAACGCGUAUGGUGAGCUUACGGUAUAA